UUUCGAGAUAUUGCCAGUCAAUUCGAGACCGAGUAUACGACGCGUAUAUGAUCUCCGUUGUUCUCGUUGUUCAUCGAUUUGGCUAGCGAGAAGAUUUGCAAGCAUCUCGAAUCCGCCGAUUCUUCGAAAUGUUAUUCUUACUAUUUACGGCGUGUCUCAUCGCCGUGACUCACGCCGGAUGUCCCAUGCGUCCAACAGUGGGACAAACUUCCGCAAAUAGAACAGAAGGCGAUGGUGGUUACAGAAUUCUUAUUAGCGGGGAGACAAACGGAUACAUUCCCAAUGCAAUCCAUAUAAUUAACUUGCGAGGAUCGCAAACACACGAGAGAUUACAACAAUUUACACGGUUCACGCUUACGGUGCGCUCUUUACAUUCGCCGACUUUUUUGCACCAUGUCGGUUAUUUUCAACUGUUUCCGGAUUCUUUGACUACCUUUGACGAGGAUUGCGUUAACACGAUUUCCGAAUCGACCGAUUUUCCGAAGUCGGAGAUUCAAGUGAUGUGGCGGGCACCGCCGACCGGUUCCGGAUGCGUUAUCUUCACCGCGAUGAUUUUAGAGAACAACGUACGAUGGUAUGCUGAGGAUGGUGGUCUUUUUAAGGUCGUUUGCGAGUCGACAGGCACAAAAGUCGAAAAUUCAAAUGAGACCUUAUGUUGCGCCUGCGAUGAAGCCAAGUAUUCGUUAACUAUGGAGGGCAUCUGGUCGAACAGAACGCACCCAAAAGAUUUCCCUUUUUCCGCCUGGCUGACCCACUUCAGUGACGUAAUCGGCGCAUCUCACGAGCCAAAUUUCUCCUUUUGGGGCAGAGAUCACAUCGCAACAGACGGUUUUCGGCAAUUGGCCGAGUGGGGCUCCGCAACGGGCGUCGAAGCAGAAUUAAGAGAGAAAUCUAGACAUCUCAGGACUCUUAUUAAGGCCGCCGGUCUUUGGUAUCCUAAUGUCAAUACUAAUACGACGACAAGCUUUCGAGUGGACCGAAGACAUAAUCUUCUCUCAGUGGCUUCUAUGCUGGGCCCAUCUCCCGACUGGGUGGUAGGAGUGAGCAAAUUGAAUCUUUGUCAGAAGGACUGCACAUGGACGAAGAGCAUGAUAAUCGAUCUUUAUCCUUGGGACGCUGGCACCGAUAAUGGCAUCAGUUACAUGUCGCCAAAUUCCGAGACGAAACCGCGCGAGAAAAUGAAGCCCAUAACGACCCUUUAUCCGGAAGAUCCGCGAUCUCCGUUCUACGAUCCGUCUGGUAGACCGAUGCAUCCGUUAGCCCGACUGUACUUAAAUCGGGAGAAGAUCAUCUCGCGCGAAUGUAGCGAGGAACUUCUGCAGCAGCAAGUGGCCGAAUUAGAAGUGGCCGAAAAUACUGAGGACACAUCGAGACCCGAGUGUCAAACGACGGAUUACUCGCCGUGGUCCUCGUGUUCAGUGACCUGCGGUAAGGGCCUAAGGAUGCGCACAAGGUCAUACAGAAUGCCGGAAAAAGCCGUCAUGUUUAAUUGCAAUAGACAAUUGGUCUCGAAGGAGAUGUGCGUCGCGUCUAUUGCAGAGUGCUCGGGCGAGGAAGAAAGCGACGAUGACGUAAUUUCGUCGCGAAGCGGCAGGGACCCACUUUGCGAGACCACCGAAUGGAGCGUAUGGUCCGAUUGUUCAAACACGUGCGGAAUAGGAAUAAAAAUGCGCACGAGGAAAUUCCGCGAUCGCCGUGGCCGCAAACGAUGUCCACUCGUGUCUCUCAUCGAGAAGGAUAAGUGCAUGGAACCACCUUGCCCGGCGGGAACGGAAGAGCAGAUCGAUCCUGUCUGCAAGGUAACGGAAUGGUCCGAUUGGUCGCCGUGUAGCGCUUCCUGUGGCAAGGGUAUGAAAUUGAGGACCAGGUUGCUAUUAGUCGAUCCGUCUCUGCAGAUGGAAUGCUCCUCGCGCGUGGAAUUGGUUCAGCAACGACCGUGUCUCGUCCAAUCGGACUGUACAUUCGACAUGGCAACAGCAAAAGUCGUGUGUAUGGAGGAGGCAGAACCUGGCCCGUGCCGAGGCUACUUUCAGAGAUGGGCCUUUAACCCGCAGAAAUUAAUGUGCGUACCUUUCGCAUACGGGGGAUGUCGCGGCAACCGAAAUAAUUUCUUAACUACAGACGAGUGCAACAACACGUGUAGCAUCGUACGAGCUGCUCUUACCGGUCAGUCUUUUAACGAGACCGUGAACCGAGACCAAAUACCUAGCGAAUCGCUUAAUCCUCCCGCUCUCCCCGUGGAUUGCGUGGUGACGCGUUGGUCAAAUUGGUCACCGUGUAGUGUCACUUGCGGAGUCGGCCGCUCAACGAGUUACCGUGUCAUCGAGCGAGAAGCUGCAAAUGGCGGUCGUCCUUGCCCCAAAAAAUUGCACCGUCGUUAUCGCUGCGAGCUUCAACCGUGUGAAGAAUUAUAAGUUGAAAAGAAAUUUUAUAUUCUUGAGAUGGCACUUAAUGUAGCAUAUAGUAAAUAUUUUAAGGAUUUUAGAAUAUUUUAUAUAAAUAGAAAAAGAGAUAAUUUUAGUUACCUAUAGAGAAGUAAAUUUUUGUAAAAAAAUUUUUAAUAUUAGAACAUAUGACUUAUACCAUAUGUAUAAUUUGAACGCAUAAAUGGAUCAUUGUGCUUUUUUACUAUUUCAGGUUUUUCCAUUUUUUAUAGUACUUUUUUACAACUACAUAGUAAAGACAUAUAAUUUUUGUAAAAAAAAUUGAAUUAUUAAAAUCACUUGUUCGAUUAUCGCGAACAAGUGAGAUUGAAGUCAUUUAAUAAUAUUGUACAAUCUAUUGAUUCAUAUUGAACAUUCCGAUAUAAUAAUAUUAAUCAACGCUUUUAUAAAAUAUGAAUAUUAUAUUACUAUGUUAUUUCUUCACUGCCGGUGUAUUGCUUGUUUUUAAAUUAAUCGCGUAACUAACUAACUAAGCAUUAUGCUGCGUUUUAUAUUCGCUAUAAAAUGUUGGGUGCAAAAUAAACGAAUUAUCAGAAUAAA